AGAAUGAGAGCGGAGCGCGGUGGUAGAGGUUGUUUAUGUGGAGUGCUGGGUUAAGGUUCCGCCCACCGAGGUAUCUGAUCGUAGGGCAGACAGGCAGAGUGUAAAAUGGCGCACAGCUGUCGGUGGCGGUUCCCCGCUCGGCCCGGAGGGAGCAGCAACUCCGGUACCGGGAGGAGAGCGGGCCGAAUCAGGGUUACUGCCUUUUUGCAGAGUGUAUCGGGAGCCCAAUCGAACGCAGCUGGACUCGGACCCGGGUUUGAUGCUGCACUACAAGUCUCAUCGGUUAUCGGGAGCAACCUGCAGAAAUUUCGGGAUGUUUUGGGGGAAUUGAGCGACUCGAGCAGCGCAGAGGAAGAAGCAUUUGGAGGAUUUGGAGAGACUGCUGAACAAACAGAAAUACAAAACCCUUCAGCACCUUCUCCAGUAGAGCCACCCGUACAUGAGAAGAAGCCCAGAGGCCGUCCACCACGUAUUUUGAACACCCAGAAAGCUGCUUCAAGUCUACCUCCCCUCUCAUCCUUUCCUUCCCCGACACGGGCAAAGUCUGAUGACCCCGAAAGGCCAGCAGAGAAAGUAAAACGGUUACCUGGGAGGCCACCUGGCACCGGGGAGAGGAAAAGAGGCCGACCGCCUUCUUUAAACAACAAGAAAGCUUGGUGCACUGGUAGCCAUGCAGCAGGGGAGGACGGUAGGCAGGCUGGGUUUGAGCUUGGUGCGGAAACAGAGGAGGACAAGUACAGGAAGGGCAGCAAGAGGUUAUCGUUGGGUUAUGCACAGCCUCAUGACACAAAUGCAAAGUUUCCCAAAGGCGGACGGAGUAAAUCCAAAGUUACCAACCUGAAGAGGCUGACAGAGACUAAAAUCACCCCACUCAAGUCCCACCUCAAGACGUUGCCUAGUGUACCUCGACGCAGAUGUGGGAGACCACCUUCAGCUGAGCGGCUCAAAGCUGAAGCAGCAGCUGCUGCACAGCUGUCUACCUCCAUCGAAGAUGGGGAAGGGAAACAUAAGGCUUUUAGAGUCAGAGGUGGAGACAAAGGCACAGAACCACACAUAACUCAGCAGUCCAGUCUAAGAGAUGCAGAUGGCGCUGAGGACCAAGUCUCUUCCAAUCCACCUGCCUCCCCAUCUCCCUCUAAAUCGGGUUGGCCGGCGGGCCUCAGAAAAAGCCCUCGGCAUAGAAAGCCAGUUAGAAUUGUCCCUCCUUCUAAACGAACUGAUGCGACCAUCGCUAAACAGCUGCUGCAGCGUGCCAAGAAGGGAGCGCAGAAGCGGUUGGAGAAAGAGGCCAUUGGGGUUAGCGGCUCGGGAGCGACUGAGGUGGGCAUCAGAAAGACCCAGCUUAAGAACAUUAGGCAGUUCAUCAUGCCUGUGGUCAGCACUGUUUCCCUUCGCAUCAUCAAAACUCCAAAGCGCUUUAUCCAGGAUGAGGGCACUUUUGGAACUCCUCCACCCCAUGCAAAGAUAGCACGUUUAGACACACACCCCUCAUCUGCCCCAGUGCCCGCCCCACCCACAUCUGCCACCUCCUCAUCUCCUUCUCCUGUACUUGUAUCUGUUACUCCUGCUGUUGCAAGCAGCGGGGCAACUGCUCCUGCUGAACCUCCUCCUCCUCCUCCUCCUCCUCCUCCACCAACCCCUGCUCCUACCCCUACUGUCCCAGCAACAACUCCCAGUCUGCUCAACAGCAACACCAGUAACGCAGCCAAUGGAAGAUUUAGCCAUAGUGCACCAUCUUGCGGCUCCAGCGCUGUGUCACAGCAUUCCUCUCAACUGUCCUCUGCAGAGUCUUCCAGGUCUAGCAGUCCGACCUUGGAUGACUCAUCCUGUGACUCCCAGGGUUCUGAGGCCACGCAGGCUUUGUCAGAGCCCGAGGAUCAUUCCCCAUCCUCCCAGGGAGAAAGAGAGGCUAACCUGUUGCACAGCUCAAGGCCUGCCUCUCCUCCUUCUGAACCAGAGCCAGAGAGAAGUCAAAGGGGUCGGAGAGCACAAGGGGUAGGACGGGGCAGUCAGAAACAGAGAGCGAGAGAGACGCUCCCCAGUGGGGUUAAAAAACCAAUAAUCAGCCCACCCACAGGAGUGCUAAUGACCUCCGGUACUCUUGUAAAUUCCCAACAAGCCUCGUCCACAGCUUCAUCCCCUUCUUCUCCCCCACCUCCUCCACUCCUCACUGCUCCACAGGCCCCCCUGUCAGGGUCCUGUAGUACAGCUGCAAUCAGUGAACACCACGGCCAGCCAACCUGGAUGCCUCACACAAUCCCAACGUUCAUGCCUGGGUCAUCCGUGCUUACCAGCUUGUCAGACAAACGGAGUCGAUCCAUUCUGAGAGAGCCCACCUUUCGUUGGACAUCGCUGUCCCACCCAAGACAGCCGUACUUUUCCUCUGCCAAAUAUGCAAAAGAGGGUCUCAUCCGAAAGCCUAUAUUUGACAAUUUCCGUCCUCCACCUUUAACGCCUGAAGAUGUAGGGUUGUUGCCCCAGGGUGUUGCCGGAGCAGGAGGAGCUGCAUUUCCAACACCGGGCACCGGAGCUGGAUCAGGGAGUCGCUUGUUUGCCCCUCUUCACCCUCACACACACCACCAGCAUCCCUCGUCAUCCCGCUUUGACUCAACACUCCCAAAACGCAGCCCUCUGCUCCGAGCUCCACGUUUUACACCCAGCGAGGCUCACUCUCGAAUAUUUGAGUCCGUUACUUUACAGUCGUCCUCUGGAAGCAGCCCAGGUUCUCUUUCCCCUCACCAGACCUCCCCGAGUUCCAACAGGUGCCAUCGGCGCAGUCGGCGACUGUUCCCGGGAGCACAGCGUGUCCAUUUACGGUCCGCGUCACAUUCUAUGACCAGACGCAGCAGCCAAACGAGAGAGCAGAUGCCUGCUGGGAAAGGUGCCUCUGAGAUGUCUGUGCUGACAGGAUCUGUUUCCGGUACUAACCCCAGCUCGCUGCCGGGGGUGUCUGCAAGUCCGUUAGCCACUAGUGCCUUAAAGCCUGCUCUUUUCAGCAACUUCUCCACUGUCUCUCGGGGUCUGGACUCACAAGCAACAUCUGAUAGCAGAAGCGGAGCAACUGGAAACCCAUCUCCCAUGUCAAAUACGUCAUCCGCUUCUUCCCCAUUUUUCCCGCUUUUUCCUUCUGGUGCUCAGGACACAGGUCGAGGAGGUGGUAAAGGAGCUAAAGACAAAACAUCUCAAGAGCCUCCUUCGAAGGAGAAAGAGAGGGAGUCCGAGAAAAAUCGUGAGAAGGAGAAGGAAAACAAGCGGGAGGGGAGGAAGGAGCUGGAGAAAAGAAGUAAGGUGUCCUCACCUGACAGCUCUCCAAAUCCACCUCCUGGUUUUUUUCCUGGGGACGGGAGGGACUCGGAAAGCGCUCUUGCACCGAAAAAGACUCCAGGAAGGAAAAAAAUUGACACCGUUUCUGAAGCUGCUUCUUCAGAAGUGAGAGGUCCUCAUUCUAUGUCCAUCACGAAAGGACGUCUGCCUAAGAAAGGACGAGUUUCUGAGAAAGGAGCAGAGACAGAAGAGGGGGGAAAGGAGAAAGAGAAACAAAGUUCAUCUAAUCAGCAGACAGCUAACCUUCCAGGGCAGCCGAGUAAACACCAUCUUCCUGUCCCUGUGACGGGAACCCAAACGAAGGAGAACUCGUUGACUGACGGGCAGCUGGCUGGACUACUGAAGAAGGCCAAAGACCAGCUCAAUGCAAUAAAGAAGAAUAACCUAAAACCUGCAGAUCAGACCAAGGUCCAGGGUCAAGAGAGCGACUCAUCAGAGACUUCGGUCCGGGGUCCACGCAUCAAACAUGUGUGCCGUCGUGCAGCUGUGGCUCUUGGCCGUAACCGGGCAGUGUUUCCCGACGACAUGCCCACACUUAGUGCCUUGCCCUGGGAGGAGAGAGAAAAGAUCCUAUCUUCCAUGGGGAAUGACGAUAAGUCGUCAGUAGCAGGCUCAGAGGAGGCAGAGCCCCAGUCUCCUCCCAUUAAGCCACGGGAGAUGCGACCAAAGGGCAUUCAGGAAGCUCCUCCAAAAAAGGGGCGCCGGUCACGCCGCUGUGGCCAGUGCUCAGGCUGCCAGGUUCCGGAGGACUGUGGCAUCUGCACUAACUGUCUCGACAAGCCCAAGUUUGGAGGGCGGAACAUUAAAAAGCAGUGCUGCAAGAUGAGAAAGUGUCAGAACCUGCAGUGGAUGCCCUCGAAGAUGUUUCUUCAAAAGCAAGGAAAGGGCAAGAAGGACAAGAAAAAGAGCAAGUUUUCUGAGAAGAGAGACGGUGUGAAUUCAGUAAAAGGACCCAGUUCAGAGCCGGGCGGUAAAUCCUCUCCAGCUCCGCCAAAAGAGGAUCCCCUCUGUAAAAACACCGAAGCUCCUCCUUUAAAGCUGGGAGAGGAGAAGUCAAGACAGCAACCACAGUUGAAGCAGUCCUCCCCGGCACUCGCCUCGUCUCCUUCCCCUUCCCCACUAGAACCCACCCAGGCCCAGCUUCCAGUCAGCGCCCAGGCCCAGUCUCCAGCUCCCACACCAGACCCCAAACAGCUACCAGUCUCCUGCAGCGACACCAGUAAAAAGGGACACAAGCCACAGCAGCCUAUCCAAUCUUCUGCCUCCACAACCACAUCCUCAUCUUCUCCUUCGUCCUCAUCUUCAUCAUCUUCAUCCUCGUCGUCUUCAGCCCAGAAUUCUCCCUCCCAGUCUAUUCCGUGUCACCAGCUCUCACAGCAACAGCCAUCUACUAGUCAGGCCCCUUCCAGAAAAGAUACUUCACCCAAGAUUUCUGUGAGUGAACCCAAGAAGAGGCCCCAGCAGUUUUCUACGCAGCAGCAGCAGCAGAGUUCAGCCGCAGCAGUUGACGCCAAACAGUUGAAGAAGCAACCAUCUCGCACUAUUUCUCCGUUUCCUAAGCAGAAACCAAAAGACAUGGCGCUGAGCACUAAACCUCCCAGCAGCAGUACUUUAAACUCGCUGAGCACUCCCUCGACUAGGGAGCAGGUGAGGUCCAGAGCUCCCUGCGACGGAGUGCAUCGUCUCAGAGUGGAUUUUAAGAGCGAUCAGGAUGUGGAGAAGGUGUGGGAGGCUGGUGGCCUCAGCCUGCUCACCUCUGUGCCCAUCACACCCAGGGUACUUUGCUUCUUGUGUGCCAGCAGCGGGAACUUAGAGUUUGUCUUUUGCCAGGUCUGCUGUGAGCCCUUCCAUCUGUUCUGCUUGGGGGAGUCAGAGCGCCCUCUCCAGGAGCAGUUUGAGAACUGGUGCUGUCGAAGAUGCCGGUUCUGCCAGGCCUGUGGGCACCAGCACCAAAAAGCUAAACAGCAGCUGCUAGAGUGUGAUAAGUGCCGUAACAGCUAUCACCCGGAGUGCCUGGGUCCUAACUACCCCUCCAGACCCACCAAGAAGAGAAUCUGGAUCUGCACUAAGUGUGUGUGCUGCAAGAGCUGUGGAGCCACCAAACCCGGGAAGUCCUGGGAUGCUCAGUGGUCACAUGACUUCUCCAUGUGUCACGACUGUGCCAAACGUUUUGCUAAAGGAAACCUCUGCCCGCUGUGCGACAAGUGUCACGAUGAUGAGGACUGCGACAGCAAGACAAUGGUGUGCAGCCGCUGCAACAGAUGGGUCCACGCCAAGUGUGAGAAUCUUACAGAUGAAAAGUACCAACUGCUGUCAAAGCUGCCAGAAAGCGUUGCCUACAUGUGUACCAAAUGCACUGAAUGCCACCCGGCCGAGUGGAGGGCGGUACUGGAGAGAGAGCUUCAAGGCUGCAUUCGCAACAUCCUUAAUGCUCUGCUCAACUCGCGCACAUCCACACACCUUCUACGCUACACACAGGCAGUGAAGCCUCCAGAGCUGAAUCCGGAGACAGAGGAGAGUCUGCCAUCCCGUCGUUCCCCGGAGGGCCCAGAUCCUCCGGUUCUUACCGAGGUCACUCCAACACCUCCCGGCGACUCCCCUCCAGACCUCAAGUCUGUCGAGAAAAAAAUGGAUCAAGGUCGAUAUAGCUCAUUGGUGGAGUUUAGCGACGACAUCGUUCGAAUCAUUCAGGCAGCCAUCAGCAGCGACGGCGGUCAGCAUGAGAGCAGAAGAGCCAACAGCAUGGUGAAGUCUUUCUUCAUUCAGCAAAUGGACCGAAUCUUCCCGUGGUUCAAAGUGAAGGAAUCCAGGUUCUGGGAAAGGCAAAGAGUCUCCGCCAACAGCGGGCUCCUUCCCAAUGCCGUUCUGCCUCCAUCCCUGGACCACAACUACGCCCAGUGGCAGGAGAGACAGGAGCUCUGUCGUGCCGAGCAUCCACAUUUUAUGAAAAAGAUUAUCCCAGCUCCCCAGCCGAAGCUCCCUGGAGAACCCGAUUCAACAGCCUCCCCUCCUCCUCUUCCUCCCUCUCUUCCUCCACCACCCACUCACCUACCAGAUCUUGAAGACAGCCCAGAGCUUCCUCCUCCGCCGGGCGUCACUGACAACAGGCAGUGUGUUCUGUGUCUCAAAUACGGAGACGAGAACACAAAUGAGGGCGGCAGGCUGUUGUACAUUGGUCAGAACGAGUGGACCCACGUGAACUGCGCUCUUUGGUCUGCUGACGUGUUUGAGGAUGAUGAUGGCUCUUUGAAAAAUGUUCACAUGGCUGUUCGCAAGGGGAGGCAGAUGCGCUGUGAGAGGUGUGAAAAGACCGGAGCCACAGUCAGCUGCUGCCUGGCCUCCUGCACUAGCAGGUACCACUUCAUGUGUGCCCGCCAGUGCCACUGUGUCUUCUUGGAGGACAAGAAGGUCUACUGUUCAAAGCACAGGGACCUCAUCAAAGGAGAAGUGGUGUCUGGUUUCGAGGUAACCCGUAGGAUCUUGGUAGACCUUGAGGGCAUCAGUCUCAGGAGGAAGUGGCUGGCAGGACUGGAGCCAGAAAACAUCCACAUGAUGAUCGGCUCCAUGACAGUUGAUUGUUUAGGAAUACUGACUGAACUCUCCGACUGUAAACGAAAGCUCUUCCCUGUGGGAUACCAGUGUUCAAGGGUGUACUGGAGCACUUUAGAUGCCCGAAAGCGCUGCGUCUAUACCUGUAGGAUAUUAGUUUGCCACCCUCCAGUGGCAGAGUCUGGCCUCAAGUGCAUGAUGGCUGCGGAGGAGAAUCGCACAAUUGCCCACAGCCCACCUCCCUUAACAGAUUUUCCAGAUCCAUUUGAGUCUCCAAGACGUUCUGAAAAUCUUUCCCCUGCCAACACCCCCAAGCUCAGGGUUUACUCUCGAAACCGGCACCCCAGCUACCCUCCUUGUCAGCGCUCACUAGACUCCAAGCCCACCCCAUCUCCAGGUGGUGUCUCUCAGCCCCACAGCCACGUGCUGGUCACCGUAGGAGGCUCCUUGGUAAACUCUAGCAUGAGAAAUACUGAUUCACGACGUCACAGCUCCCCAUCUCUUUCUUCUGCACCCCAACAUCUAAACCGACACAGAGGAGUGACCUCUCCACCUCAGCUUUUAUCUCGACCCAUCACCUCACCCCCUCCCCUCAUCCCCUCACCUGCCAGAGACCCUGAAAAAUCCAAACACUUCAACAAAGACGUGACAAAGAAUCCAGUCCAGAGAGAUGAUGCAAGAGCCAGGUCGUUCUCAGCAGACAGGAACCGACUGCAGACAAACAGAGAACAAGGACUAAGAGAUGCAGACAAGGGGAGAACGUCAAGUCAAGACCAUGCUUCCAAGGACUCUGACAGGGGUAAACCGCCCAGAGAAGCUGGGCAAAAAGACUCAGAUAAGGGCCAAAUAUCUGCCAAAGAGCCAGAGAAGAGGAGGCUUUUAAGUACAGAAUCGGGUCUGAAAGAGUCUGAGAGUGGAAGAGCUCUUAGUAGAGAUCCUCAGAGAGAUUCUGAAAGGGGGAGACAGGCGAACAGAGAGUCUGACAAGGAGAGACAGGCAAGCAGGGAAUUGAGCACUCGAGACACAGAUAAGACUAAACUGUCCUCCAGAAAUUCCAGCUAUAGGGAUGUGAAUAAAUCCGGGUCUCUCAGUAGAGACACCGGAGGAAGAGACUCAGAGAAACAAAGACAGCACAGCAGGGAAACGGGAAAAGACUCAGGACAAGGUAAAGACAGACCACCCAGCAGAGAUUCUGACAAGGGUCGACCUCCUUCUAGAGAUUCUAGUUACAGAAGCUCAGAGAGAAGCAAAGAUUCUGGCUCAGGGAAAGAUUGCAACGCUGGAAUUCAGUCUAAACGCGCUGGAAGUGAAAGUAAGAGUCCAAGACUAGCCCCUGCAGGCUCAGGACAGUCCUCCCCUCCUGUGGGAACAGCUGUUAAUUCUGGCCAACAGAGAAGUGGUACCAAACAGGUUGAAAAGCAUGGAAGCAAAGACCAGGAUGUUGCCCCGAGCCAGAGUUCUUCACCUCGUCACCGACCCACGACCACCUCCAGCGUGUUUCCAUGCAAGGACAAGCCCGGCUCAGGGAAGGAGUGUAGCAGUGCCACUGGAAAUAUCACACCGUCUCCACUCCACAAGGAUUCUGUUGUUGCAAAAUUCAGCUCCCCACAGAAGUCCAACACACGCAAAUCAAAUGACUUUGUACUAGGUCAGACAGCAGGAGCCGCUGUGAAUCCUCUGUGGUCAUCAAGGACAUCAUUAGAAGAUGAUGUUGUUAAACGUAGCUCCCUGCUUCUGGCUCCACCAGCUGCCAAAGACAAACAGCCCAAAGUUAAGACAGCAGGCAGCAGAGAUGCAUCCAAAGACCGAGACAGGGAGGCAAACCCUCAAAACAGCAAUAGCAGCAACAAAAUUCCGCUUCUCAACAACAAAGCUAAAAUGAGCGGGAUCUUCAACACGCACCCAUCAAACUCCAGCUCUUACAACAGCAGCAGCAGAGCUCCAGUGCUCGGAAACAGCACCAAAGCCCACGGAAAGCCUCAGGGAGAGAAACACGAGAACCAGGGAGGUGAACGGUCCUCCAAAAAGAGCAGGGACAGCUACUCCUGUCCAGAGAGGAAGAACAGCUCCAGUCUGGAGAGCUUACAGCUGAGCGGGUUAGCUGCAGAGAAGGGUGUGACAACCUCCAACCAGCCUCACACUAAACAGCUAACACAAAUGGCUAAUCAGCUUUCUCUGUCCUCCAGAGACAAAAAGAGAUCAGUCAAACCCUCCACUCCAGCUUUACUCAAGUCUGAGGUCAAGACUGAUCGUAAUGGUACCAGCGGCAUUGCUGAUACCUCCUCAUCCUCUUGUCCUAUAAGCACAGUCUCACCGGUUUUUCCUGCUGUACAGGGGGAUCACCGCUCUGCUCGCUCCGCUCUCUUCUCCUCACCGUCUGCCAGCAGCAGCGACAGCUCUGACUCUGACAACCAGACUCAGGCUGAGGCGGACGACCAGCACAAAAGCCACUUGCACAGCAAGCUCAGAGACCGUCACAGUCUGCUCGCUCGGCCUGCAGAGGACGACGGCGAUGGCCCAGAGGAUGACCACGACAGGGGUUUGGAGGACAAGCACCACGAGGACGACAGUGACGGAUCGGGGUCGGCCAAGCGGCGCUACCCUCGACGCAGCGCCCGUGCACGCUCCAACAUGUUUUUUGGCCUCACACCUUUCUACGGAGUUCGCUCAUAUGGCGAAGAGGACCUUGCGUUCUACAGCAGCGGCGAUGGAGCAGGAGCUAUGGUGAAGAGACGGAGCGGUGGUCGCAAGAAGUCAGCCGAGGGCCAGGUGGAUGGAGCAGAUGAUAUGAGCACCUCAUCUUCAUCAGAAGACAGCGGAGAGGAUGAAGACUGUGGGAUGAAGAACAGGGGUAAAGACCCGUACUACUACAACUUCACCCGGACAAUAAUUAACCCCGGGGAAGGUCUUCCAUCUAUAGAAGGAUUGGACCACUGCCUGGGAAGAGGAUCCCAGCUCCAGCGCUUUCUAAAAGACGAAGAACAGCAGCAGCAAAGGAAUCAAGAAAAAAUAGAAGAAGACAUGCUGACAGCUUUGACUUUGGGAAAGCAGAGAAUCGGCCAGCUUGAUGGUGCUGAUGACGGCUCAGAGAGCGACACCAGCAUCUGCACGACCAGCACCACCACCACUACGGCCACCCCGUCCUCCACCACACAUAAAAGCACUCCCAAGAGGAGAGGCAGAGAGAGGCACGCCGACAAAACGGACUCCCACGACUCAAGCAAAGAUGCUGAAAACAGCGGCGGAGCAGGAAGCGGCAACACACGAGAAAGCAGAAAGAACCAGAAGGAAAAUUGUCUUCCUCUUGGGGGCGGGGCCAAAUCCCAGGCUCAGAAUCAGGGUCAGGAUCCUAUAGAGGCCCAGUUGUCCCUCAGCACAGACCUGCUAAAAUCAGACUCUGACAAUAACAACAGCGAUGAUUGUGGGAAUAUUUUGCCAUCUGACAUCAUGGAGUUUGUUUUAAACACGCCGUCCAUGUCGCUGCCGACUCUGGGUCAGCAAUCUGGGUCCUCGUCCUCAGAGCUGCUGCUGGAUGACAGCUAUGGGGUAGAUGUCAACCGGCGGAAGGAUAUUCUGUUUGAUGACUUCUCGCAGCCACUGCCCAGUGCUGAAGGUGGAGGGGUUGUAGAGAGCAGUGUAAAUGGCUCCAUAUCGGUAGAAGAGCCUUAUCUUCCUCUAGAGCUGCCCUCUGACCUCUCUGUUCUAACCACACGCAGCCCCUCUGUCAGUGCCAGUCAGAACCACGCUGCUGGGAGUCUCAUCUCGAAUACCUCAGACCGCACCAUGCUAGGAUUGAACUCUGACCCAGAAAGCAUCAGUGGAGAUAAAAGUGGAGACAAGAAAGGAGCGGGACCCGGUGUGGCGUCUUCUGAGAAUCAGCACGACGGCACAGCUCUGGGAAAUAGAGACGCGCAGGUCACGGAUGGUCACAUGACUCCGGAGCAGUUUAUUUCCAGUCCUGUUAUUGGUCAGGUAGUUGAACCCACCGCUAACCAUGAUGUGAACAGAAAUUCUGGUACUUCAGGUUUGCCAAACUCUCCCUCUGUGCCUCUUCAGAGUCAGAAGUACCUUCCGGCUGCUGCUGCAGGAAGUCCCAGUCCAGUGCUUGGUCCUGGCCCUCCCCAGGCUCAGGUGUCCAGCCCAACAGUCAUCAAACCAGGUCCUGACAAGCUCAUCGUGGUCAAUCAGCAGUUCCAGCCGCUCUACGUUCUUCAGACAGUCCCUAAUGGCGUCACACAGAAAAUCAGCGCAGCGGGAAUGAUGGACACGUCCUCUCAAGCAGUGCUGAGUCCCAUGACUCUCACCCAAGGGUUGAAUGCUAGUUUAUCAUCAGCUCAGUCAAUUUUUCCUGCUGGUGGUAAAGUCCUGGGCACCAUAACACACCCUUCUCAGAUCCACACCUUCACAGGAUCCACGCAGGCGGGCUUCCAGACGGGAAUCCCCAGCACCACCUCCGGGCUGCUCAUUGGUCUGCCCUCUCAGCCCCAUGAACAGUCCCAAAUUUUGGUCUCAGAGGCUGGUAAACAUCAGGAGUUGGCCCACAGCGUCGCCAUCGUUUCCAGCCCCUCCUCCCUCUCUUCCUCCCCUGCUGUACUUGCUUCCGCUCAUGGCAAGAAGAGGCCUAUUUCCCGUCUGCCAAGAAAAAGCAAAAAACCAGCUCGCUCCCGCAGCCAGCCCAACCUGGCCCCGUCUGAGGUCGGCCCCCCCAACAUGACCCUCAUCAACCUGUCUUCCCCACAGAUCACUGCGAGCAUUUCUGGCCAACCAGGUGGUCUGGUUGAGUUAGGUACUCUCUCCACUGCGCAGCGCAAGGUCCCCAAUAUCAUCAAGAGACCAAAAUCCGGUGGAGUGAUGUACUUGGAUCCCACUACAAUCCUGCAGCAGAGAAUUCCUGGUCCCGGCCAGCCUGGCAUCCUGGGUCACGAUUCCUCAACUCACCUCCUACCAUGCUCUGUCUCUGGUUUAAACCCCAGUCAGUCAGUGUUGAACGUCGUGUCUGUUCCAUCCAGCGGCUCUGCUGGUCUCCUCGCUUCAGGAUCAGUGUCACUCUCCACUCCUGUUCUAAGCUCUGCUGAGAUCACAGGCCCCAUUAGCAACCUGCUUUUUAAAGCCGGUCCCCACGGUGUGGGCCUGUCUGAUCAGCCGGUGGUCCUUCAGCCAGCAGGGGGAGCUCCUCUCAUGUCGCAGCUGGGCCCCUCCAUUCAGACCACCAUAGCCAGCAGCAUCUGUGUCCUGCCCACCCAACAGACUCUCAGCAUGGCUGUCAACCAGCAUGGAGACGCAGAGGACGGCAGCAUCCACUUACAUCACCAGCCCAUUAGCAGAGCUCAGGCUGUGGACUCCAAUCCAAACAUUACAUUAUCUUCUAGCCCGUCCACCCCACUAAGUCCCGCCAAGGGACGUGUUGUUGGAAUGUUUACUCAAAAACAGACCUCAGUGCACUCCCAGACUAGCAGAACAACACCCAUUUCCAGAUUAUCGGAACAACGGCCAACCAACUCUACCGCGGCAGUGCCACGCUUGCUUUCUGUGGCAGAAAAAAACAAAAAGAAAGCAAAGAGGGGCCGACAGAGUCUGGACACGAACACCGGGAAGAAGCUAAAGGCUUCUCAGGUGGAAGAUCAUCACGGGAAUCUUGAAAAACCGCUCCCACCUUCAAACCUAAGCUCCAGGGAGCUGACCUCUCCUGAACCCAUGGACACAGGCAAACCUCCAGAUAAGACCACCAACAAGAGUGUAAUUGGGAAGAAGAAGAUGCCCGAAGGACAUGCUUUAGCAGAGAAAAUAGUGGGGAUGGAUAAACCCUCAGCAACCGGAGAAGCUGGGUCUCUUCCUGCGGCAUCACCACCCGACCAGGACGGUAACAGCAGGGAUUCUGGCCUAGAUAGCAAACCCAAAAAGGGCAUCGUCUUUGAAAUCUGCAGCGAGGACGGCUUCCACAUUCGCUGUGAGAGUAUUGAAGAGGCCUGGAAGUCUUUAACUGAUAAAGUGAAGGAGGCUCGCUCCAACGCACAACUGAAAGAGCUGUCUUUUGAAGGUGUGAAUGGACUGAGGAUGCUAGGAGUUGUCCAUGAAGCUGUGCUCUUCCUGCUGGAGCAGCUGAAUGGAUCCAGGCACUGCCGAAGCUACCGUUUCCGCUUCCACCAACCAGAGGAAACGGACGAACCUCCCCUCAACCCCCACGGCUCGGCUCGGGCAGAAGUCCAUCACAGGAGGUCCGUAUUCGACAUGUUUAAUUUCUUGGCCUCAAAACACCGCCAGCCCCCUGAGUACAGGCCUCAGGAGGAAGAUGAGGAGGAAGGGCAGCUAAGGACUGCCAGACGUGCUUCCAUGGAGCUGCCACUCGUUGCGAGGUUCAAGCAGAUCAAAGCCACCUCGAGGGAAACCGUGGGAGUCUACAGGUCACCCAUUCACGGUCGUGGUUUGUUCUGCAAGAAAACCAUUGAAGCUGGAGAAAUGGUCAUUGAAUACUCUGGAAAUGUCAUUCGGUCUGUUCUCACCGACAAACGUGAGAAAUACUACGAUGGAAAGGGGAUUGGCUGUUACAUGUUUCGCAUUGAUGACUACGAGGUGGUAGACGCCACAGUGCACGGCAACGCCGCCCGCUUCAUCAACCACUCCUGUGAGCCCAACUGCUACUCUCGAGUCAUCACCGUGGACGGCCAGAAGCACAUCGUCAUCUUUGCGUCUCGUCGCAUUUUCUGUGGAGAGGAGCUGACGUACGACUACAAGUUCCCCAUCGAAGACGCCAACAAUAAGCUACCCUGCAACUGCAGAGCAAAGAAAUGCCGCAGGUUCCUCAACUGACGCCCCUACCUAAACCACUUGGAGGACUCCAGAAGGGCAUCGUCACGCCUCUCUCCCUGGGUUCGCCAUGGCACCAGUUAUCUGAUUUGUGUUAUGCCGAUUGCUGCCGGUUUUGGUGAUCUGGGUCAGGACUGUGCUUGCAGGAUGGGCCAUGAGUAAGAAUUCAAACAUACUGUGCCUCCUUUUGUCUGUUUUACAUUCGGCAUUGAAAGUUUCACCCCGUGUGGUGAGUUACGAAUUGCAAUAUUACCUUUUAUUUGUAUCUGAACGAUAGUUAACCCUCCAUACAUAUUAUUUUUACAUUGGUCCUUCCUCUUUGGAUUUUAUUUGACCUUUUUCAAAAAUAUCUCAUGGUCCACUAAUGUGAACUUAGAAGGGAAAAAAAAAAUCAAAGAACUUGGUUUCAUUUUACACCAAAGUGCAAUUUGUUGAAGGGAUCUGCAACAGUGAUAAACCCUAUCAUUUUUUUUUAAUUUAAUUUAAAAAAAUUUGUUUUUUAUCUCAGUGUCAGCUGUUAUUGAUGCACAUCUCCCUGUCUCAAUGUGCCCUGAUGCCUUCAGAGCUAGAACCUUCCUCUAAACUUUGUGUACAUUUGACACUGUAAAUACGAGCUGCUCAUGUUUAGCAGGAGCUGUACUGGUGGGAACACUAGGGGGAGCCGUGGCAACAAGGAUAAGAAGAAAAAAAUGUACAGAAAAUGACAAAUUCUGUUACAAAGACAAGUUUAUUUUUGACCAUUGUUGUAAAGGAUUGUUUGAUACCAUCUGUAAACUGAGUAGCUACGAUGAGAUGGAGCCUCUGGCCUGAUAAUUGUGAGGCAGCUAGAGAUUCUGGUGGACUGACAGACUGGGACCAGAAAACCUACUGAUGUGCUUGAGUAGACGUACGUAAAUUUGUUUUUGUUAUUUUUUGGCGCUGUGUUGCAGACGCAAGCGUGCCGUUGUCGGUGCAAGCUUGGAAUCACGUUCCAAAUCACAGCAGCGAGACAACCAAACAUCACGGAAUUCUGACAUAUCCUGUUUUCCUCUCCUGUUGUGAUAACCGUUAUUUUGGAGAAUUUUUUUUUAUUUUGUUAUUUUUUAUUAUUACGGACAGGGAAAUAUCAUGAUUUAUUUUGAAAAUAAUAAUGUAAAUAAUGAAUAUUUUUCUACGAGAAAAAAAAGCACUCUCUAGCGAAUAGCACUUAAUGAUGGUAUUUAUAUUUUUAAAAAUUCGUAUUUAUUUUAUUGCCAUUUUUGUAGGAAAAUAGAGGUUUACAAACACUAAUUCUUGGUUUCUAUGUUUUGUAUUCCACUGCCUUUUCAACGUAUUUCUGUUGUAUUUUCUUUUCUCUUUUUAUUUGGAGCUUGAAUGUUUUUAUUUGAAUCCAAAGACUGACACUGGUCUAUGGCUUGGUUCUCCUUAAGUUCAGUCCACCAGUAGCUCUUUAUCUACCAUAGGCCAUUUGGCCAUAGCUGAUAUAAAUAUAUUUUUUGUUUUGUUUUUUAAAAUCGUUCCAGUUCUGGUUACUGGUUUGUCGUGUGAACUGUUAUUAUGCACUUGAGAGAGUUUAGAUUGCUACUCCAUUGCCGAUAUCUCCUCUCUCCAGCCUUAUUGUCUCCAUAGCAACAUCGAUCAGAGAGUCGUGUCUGCUCACAGGCUGCUGCUAACUGGGAGUCAUAUCAAAAGUCACUUAAUAAUCAGCUGAUCGAAUAAAACUAUCAAAGUUUGUAAAAUCCAGCAGUAGAGAAUGAAGUCCCUCUGCAGACUCGGCCCAUAUGAAAGAGGUGCCUUUGUUUUAACCCUUUUAACAGAACUCACCAAGCAUAUCUCCACUGAGCCGAUGUUCCCAUGACCGCUCAAUAACCACCAGCCCUCGGGGACGGUGUUUUCUUUUCCAGUCUUGUUGGUUUUUGCCUUAGUUGUAAAUCAGCACUGAAUAUGAAAGCAGGAUGUUUACACUGAUCACAUCUUUUCACUCAUUUAUUGUCGUCUGCCUUUCGCGCCAACCUCAUUACGACCUCGCAUCCAUCAGCAGUUACUAUCGCACUGCCCUUUGUUUUUGUUGUGAACUGAGUCUAGAUUUUGACCUGAGACAAACAAAAUUUGCACUUGAGCUGUGAAACAGGCACUGAACAGUUACAGGAAACCUCAGCUCUCACCCCAGACAGACCAUGCAACUCCAGUGCUGAAACCACAAGCACAAAUACGUCACUUGGGAUCCUCUAGAGUUCGCGUCUCCGACGACUCCAGACGAUGGUUAUUUGAGGCUCUAGCGAAGUGCACUUGACUCUUUCUGCUCAGUAAUUGAAGGCAGGGGACCACAACGGCGGGCCCUUUCUACUUCCUGAGAGGGCCGCAGCUCGCUGGGUUCUGCUGCUACGGUCAACGAUGAAUGUAUACUCUUCCUCCACAUCAACAGACCUGUGACCAUGUUGAUGCGUGUUAGUUUGUGGUAGACAUGACCUCAGAUUUAUUUCAGGACUGGUUUUAAAGCAUGAACAGCAGUGGGAUUUGGCUUGCUCUUACUGGUUUAGCUCAAACGGUUCACGUUAGCAGUGGUAAUCAGGUGGUUACUGAUGCUAAGGGCUCUGUCUAUGACUCACUUCAUAUCCUCCACUUCUACGUUGGUUACAGUUUAAGCAGCAGAUACACAAUAAGGAAAAAGCGUCUGGUGUUUUUGUUGAAUUCUGGACAUUUUACCACGCCACAUCAGUGGCCCUUCUUCAUUCUCUGUAAUUAUAGUAUAAAUACUUAUAAUGGAAAAACACACAUAGUAAUUUCUUGUUCUUGUAUCUAUACAAUAUAUGGAAUGGACAGACAAACUUAGUUACAGUAGCAAAAACAGCGGAUUUAUAAUGGUUAAUAGCAAUGUUUCAAUGUACUCUAUAACGGUUUUGUGUUACAGUACUAUCAGAUAAAACUAACGUGCAUCAUUCUUUUUGUAAUCUUGAUAUCCAGUACCAGUUUUGCUGUGCCUGUAAGGGUUCCUUCAUCAGCAAAGGAGCACUGCAGUUUUCUUUUUCUCUUCUUUCCUUUCUGGAGCAGAACGGUUUUUAUGUGAUGAGAAGUGUAACUGUAUUAAUGUGGUUGUGAACUAUUUGAGGGUAGCCAUUUUGGAAUGAUUUUUUAUUUUAUUUUUUCAGUUAUGUUUCUUUCACUACGUUUUAACAGGGAUGGCUUAUUUGAUGUGGGGAAAGUUGGGUUUGUGGAGACAGACCAGACGUUUAGACACCAAAAUGGCUUAAUUUUUUCUUUUGAUGUUUUGAUUUGAAAAGCUCUUCUGUCUCCCUGACCACGGCGGUCUCCUCUGAAGCUUUGGUUGUACUUAUCUUGUACUGUUUUAUAGAAAGUCAUCAUGCUGAUGUUGGAAAUUUUUUAAUUUAUUUAUUUGGCACAGCAUUCACCCUGAGUUGUUCUUUUUACAAGUCAGGGUUUUGGAGAGAUUGUAUGAGUACUUAACUUGUAUUUGUAAUUUUUGAAGCGUUUGUUGUGUAUAAACAGUCUAAGAUGGGAUGUAGUGUCAGAACGAGGGGGGGGGGGGGGGGUGCAGUAUGAGGGAUCAUGAACAGGCCAGUUGUUUCUUUUGCCUUGAAUAUACCUUUGUCUUGCAUCGAUAUCCUCCUGCUCUCUGUAACAAAGGUAUUCACAACAGUCAAGUUUUAUCCUCCCGUUCAACAGUGUUUAUUUCAGUAAAGGAAAAUGAAGGAAAACCACCACCGUGAAAAUAAACCACAAACUACUUGGUUGAAUGUAUAAUUAGGACACAAAGUUGUACAUAAGUGUAAAAAGUAAAGUUUGUAAUCAUGUUUAUUUUCUAUGCACUUUUUUUAUUUAAGUGAUAGUUUAAAUAAUAAACAUGUCUCCUUUA